CCCCUGAGGGCCUGUGCGCAGGAGAUUAUCGUCAAGGUCGAGAGGGAAGAUGCCGGGUCACUGGCCAUCCCAUCCCAGGCCUCUCAGGAGUCGGGUUGUUUUCUGAUUCCGACAAUGGUGGUGCUGCUUUAAUCUACGUGUGAUGAAUCCAUGGCUUUACCCCAGCUAACUUGACAGACGAGUGCGAGGUAAGUAAUAUCACACGUGGUCCUGUCUGCUUUACAGUCAGCUGACUCUCAGGCCCUUGUUCCCUCCAGAUUUUAAGCAAGAUUCAGUCUCUAAGUCGGAAAGGAUGUAAGGCUACUUCAGUUGGAUAAGCAGACCUGUUGGAGGCAAACUCAUGAACAGAGGAAAGGAGAGUAUAGCGGUGCCUGAAAGCUGAGUGCCAGAACAUCCCGUGCCCUUUCGGGAUACCCGCAUUGUGCUCCCCCACCCUCCGCCAGAUUUCUGCCAGGGCUCCAGCUUGGCGCUUACUUCACUCACUACCUGGAUCCAAAAUAAGGCCUCGCGCCGCAGAGGAUUCUGGGAACUGUAGUCCGGACACGUCAGAGUCACCCGCUUCCGCUUCCGGCCAGGGCACAAUUGCCGUAGCCUCUUUUGCGACGGUCCAAAAAGCCCCGAGUCUUUUUGGAGGGCUUCGUUCCGGCCGCAGGCUUGGGGGCCAGAUCUCUGGGACCUGAGGAUGAAAGAGCAGCGUAUGACGGAGGGUCGGAACCGGGGGAUUUCAACGAGCUCGGUUUGGCGGAGGACGGCACUGGCUUCUUGGGACUGCUCCUUGCUGAAAGGAACUGCAUAGAAAAGGAAGGUCUCGACGUUAGAGCUGCAGGUUAUUACAAGAUAUUGAAUAUAGUCCCCCAGGCUCAUCAGUAGGGCCUUGUAUCCAUCCGAAUCUCCUGGUCAGAGAUUAGAGAGACUCAAGAAUGAAGAACCGCUGGCUUUUCUGCUUCUCCAGUUUGGGACGAUCAGAGGAUAAAUUCAAUUGCUGCUGCUCCCGAAACCUAGGAGAGGAGACCAUGGAGAGUCGGACCUCGAGGCAUGAGGAAGGAGGGUCGCAUCCUCCAGCCUCAGCCCUUUCCCAGGACGGGGAGGAUGAGACCCAGUUUCAGGAGCCGUUGACCUUCAAGGAUGUGGCCGUGGUCUUCACCAAGGAGGAGAUGGGGCUGCUGGACUCUGUCCAGAGGGAGCUGUACUGAGAUGUGAUGCUGGAGAACUUCUGGAACCUAGUCUCUGUGGGGCAACAACCUUUCAAACCUGAUAAAAUAUGCUGUUUGGAACGAGACAGAGAGACCUGGGUGAAAGAGAGAGAAACUCCAAGAGAUGCACAUCCAGAAAGGCAGAGUCCGGGUGGCCCCAGCGGCACCGUGCACCCCUGGGCAACCUGGCGUGGCCGCCGCUGCCGCGCAGGGGCUUCUGGGGAUUGUAGUCACACGUUUCCUUGCGCAUGCGCAAUGGUCCCGGACGCGUGCAGUGGGCGGCAUUGUUUCUGGCGCUGAGUUCUCCUGCCUUCUCUGGCCCCUGCCCUUUCUAAGAAGACAGUAUGAUUAAGUUCCAGGAAACCGUGACCUUCAAAGACGUGGCUGUGGUCUUUACCGAGGAAGAGCUGGCACUCUUGGACAAGGCCCAGAUAAACCUGUACCAAGAUGUGAUGCUGGAGAACUUCCAGAACCUUGUCUCAGUGGGAGACAGGAUUAAAAACAACAUUUCGAAUCUUCAGGAAAAAGGGUUGAGUUACCUCUCACAAGAAGUGCUGUACUUUUGGCAGAUUUGGAAACAAAGGAUCAGUGAAUUCACUGUGAGUCAGGAUUACGUCUUGAAUCUUCAAGGAGGUCAUCCCCAGUAUUUAGAAAGAGAUAUUUCCCUCCGUGAAGAGUGGGCAGGAGUGUCUUUUCAGGUUUCUGAACGUGACAACUAUGUAAUAAAUGCCAUUAGUUUAGAAAAUCAAGACAUUACAGCUUGGAAAGGCCUGACACAGGCCCUUACCCCAGAUUCUUGGAAGAAAGCCAACAUGAUGACUGAACCCCAGAACUCUCAGGGGAAAUAUAAGAGAAUUCCUACAGAAGAGGAAUUGUGUGGAUGUGCUCGGUGUGAUGAAGGCUUCAUUCAGACCUCAGAUAAUUGUGAUGAUUCCCGAGAAUGUAAAGAAGAGGGAGCUUAUAGAUACAUCUCUGACUGUGGGGAGAACUUGGUCAUUAAGUCAGCAAUCAAACACAGUAACGUGGUCCACGCGAUGCAGCUUUUCAGCUGUAAUAACUGUACAGUGGGCUUUGUAGAUGAAGCAGAUGCUCGUGUUCAUCACAGCGCCCACAGAGGAGAAACAUCUAAAUGUGACCAGCAUGGAAAGGACUUUAGUCCUAGCUCAGAUCUUAUUGUUCAUCAUAAACCCCAUUCAGGUGAGAGACCUGGUGAAUGGCAGGCAUGCGCUAAGAGCUGCAGACAGAGCUCAGACAUUCCCGGGAGUCAGAAAGGCUCCUCGGGAGACAAACCCUAUAAAUGCAUCGAAUGCGGCAAAGGCUUUCGGCGCAACUCCUCUCUUCACAACCAUCACCGAGUCCACACGGGGGACAUGCCCUACCCAUGUGACGUGUGCGGGAAGGGAUUUGGGUUCAGGUCCCUCCUGCGUAUCCAUCAGGGAGUCCACACAGGGAAGAAGCCCUAUAAAUGCCAAGAGUGUGGGAAGGGCUUCGAUCAGAGCUCCAACCUCCUUGUCCACCAGAGAGUCCACACUGGAGAGAAACCCUACAAGUGCAGCGAGUGCGGGAAGUGCUUCAGUUCAAGCUCCGUCCUCCAGGUCCACUGGAGACUGCACACGGGGGAGAAGCCCUACAGGUGCGGUGAGUGCGGGAAGGGCUUCAGCCAAAGCACACACCUGCACAUUCACCAGCGGGUCCACACCGGGGAGAAACCCUACCAAUGCAGCGUGUGCGGGAAGGCGUUUGCCUACAGUUCGGUGCUGCACACCCAUCAGAGAGUUCACACGGGAGAAAAGCCUUACACCUGCCAAGUGUGCGGGAAGGGCUUCAGUUACAGCUCCUAUUUUCACUUGCAUCAGAGAGAUCACAGCAGGGAGAAACCACACAAAUGCAAGGCGUGUGGGAAGGGCUUCAGUCGGAACUCAGACCUUCACGUUCAUCUCAGAGUCCACACCGGAGAGAGGCCCUACCAGUGUAAAGAAUGCGGCAAGGGCUUCAGUCGGAACUUUUACCUUCUUGCCCAUCAGAGAGCGCACAGGGAGGAGAUGGGACAUAACGUGUCACGAGCUUGGCCAGGCUCAGGAAAUACAUUGCUCGGACCAUCUCACUCAUCCAAGGCUACACAAGAGGACAGAAACAUUAUAAAUGUAGAGAGUCCAGGUUCCAUCAGGAAAACAGGAGCCACUUGAUGUUUUCCAGAUGAUGGAGGCUUCCUCGGCCAGUAAGAGGGCAGGGGAGGAGCAACGAAUGGGGACACUGCCACUCGUGAUGUCAGCUGGCAGCACUGAAGGAGGUGGUCCUUAAGAGCAUUCCAGCAGGGGGAGGGUAUGGCUCAGUGGUAGAGCACGUGCUUAGCAUCCACAAGGUCCUGGGUUCAAUCCCCGGUACCUCCAUUAAACAAACAAACAAACAAACCUAUCUAACCCCUCUGAAAAAAAAGAUCAUUUGUUUAAAAAAAAAAAAAAGAGCAUUCCCGGAAACUCCUGUGGAUCUCAGCGAGUGCCCAGAAGCUCCCAUCAACGGUCAUGUGCCGUGGUGGCAAAGACAGUUAUUCUUGAUAGAGGGACAAUUUGUGGCAGUGGCAAUAGUUAGAGGUCAAAUGUCUAUGAAUAGGUGAGCCCGGGCAGGAAAUUCUAAUUGGGGUGAGGAUAGCAAGAGCUUCAGUCCAGCCAUGAUCUUUAGGUGUUUUAGUUUUUGUUUGCUUUUAAAGAGUCCCCACUAGAAAAAUACUCUCUGUGAAGAAUAUUCAAAAAGCGUGCUCAGAAACGAAACCUAGUCUACCAGUGUGGUAAGAAUUAGUCCAUACUCAUGUUUUCAAAACCGUAAGAUUCUCCACACAGGAGAGAAGCUCUACAGACGUGAUAUUUUAAGGAUGUGGCAGAGACAGAGAUAAGUAUUCAUUGGACUUGCUCUGUUUCCUGGGCCCAAAGGGAGACCCCGUUUCCUAGGAAUCCUGGCAAGGGAUUAUGCAAGGGCCCACGUGAUUUGAGUUCCAACCAAUGGAGUGUAAGCAAAAGUGAUAAAAGAUGCUUCCAGGCCUGCCCCGUACAGACAUCUUGUGAGGUCCCCCAGGCUUCUCUUCCCUGUCACAUUGUAGGCUGUUUGUCCUAGUCUGGAAUGAUGGAAUCUGACCUGUGUAGGACUUUUUUUUUUUUCA